GUUGCAUAUUUGUUUCAAAUAGGUUACGGCAACUUAUACGCGACCAGCCUCAGUCACAAUCAGAAUUGCAGUAAUCAAAAUGGGAUACACUGUGCUGCAUGGUGCUACAUUUACAUAUACAGUGUGUACAGAUUUUGUCGCUAGCAAACUUCAACUGUUAUCAUUUAGCAAACCGAUCACGAAGAGAGGAAUUCCCAUCCACAGUUAAUAGCUGUUGGAGGUUUCAAUUUCAGUGAAUAUACUACCGCGAUCUCAACCCGAUCGGUUUCAAGAUGCUCGUCACAUUAAGUUGGGUAAUUACCGCGUUUACGUUUUGUGAAGGCCGGCAUUGGGAUGCUGAUCGAAUGCUUUCAAAUGUACGAACUAAUCUGGAUGAUUGUAGAUCACGCUUUCACGAGCUGGUGUUUGCGGAUGCAGCUGCACCAGCUUCUGGUUUUCCAGCGUUGAUAAAAGAGUUUGCCCACAUGGGAGCCAUAGGUUGGACCCAGCCAGAUGGUAAGGUAUUAUGGCAUUGCGGAGGAACUUUGAUUUGGGCGGAUUACGUGCUGACGGCUGCCCAUUGCGCCGUAGAUCAUAACAACAUACGACCUGACAUUGUGAGGUUUGGCGAUUUGAACUUGGAAACAGAUGACGAUGACGAAUAUUCGCAGCAACUGAAGAUUGUUGAGAUAUACAGACAUCCGUCACAUCGAUUCGGAUUGAAGUACCAUGAUAUUGCUCUGAUGAAACUGGAAAGUCCUGUUAGAAUACAUGAUACAGUAUGCCCUGCGUGUCUGUGGAUCGACACAGAGCUGCGGUUUAGAGAGCUCGUCGCUACAGGAUGGGGUAGCACCGGUUACUUUGAAGAUCGCACACCGAUUCUAUUGAAAGUCUCCCUCAAACCGAUGAAGACCGCCGAAUGCAAAGCAUUCUACACAAGCGAGUUAGUUCGAGGGUUAGAAACUGGACUACACGAGAAUCACUUAUGCGCAGUUGACCAGAAAAUGGACACGUGUGAAGGCGAUUCAGGAGGUCCACUACAAGUCAAGUUAUUACAUCGAACCUAUCUGACGCCAUUUAUAGUGGCCAUUACUUCGUUUGGUCUGCCUUGUGGAGUAUCGAACCCUGGAGUGUACACCAAAGUAGCACCUUACCACGAUUGGAUUCUAAAAACUAUGCGUGAAAGUGGAGCUCAUAUUGAAAAUGAUAUAUUCAACGCCACAUUAUGUGCUUUACGUUUCCAAGACUUUCGUGAAGACAUCUACACGACUCCAUUGAACAAAUCGCAUGUAUACGUGCCCCGUUAUAUGAAUGAUCAUAUCUACCUAUCAAAUCUACCUUCGUAUCUCGUCAAGCUCAUGUGGAACGUUAACGAUGCUCCCCAGCAUUGUUACGGUGUACUCAUUGACGAAAAUACAGUUCUAACAGUUGCCGAUUGUGUUCAUCAUAGAGGGAUAUCUACUUCAUCUGUCUCGCACACAGCAGAAGGUAUCAUAAAAAUUGCGAAAAUAAAUAUACAUCCAAAGUACAAUCCAAAUUUCGGCUAUUACAACAUCGCUAUUUUGCGAUUGGAAAAACUGUAUAGUUUCAUAAAUAUUCGGCCAGCUUGCACAGACUACAGAAAUUUCUCAGACCAUGCUAUAGACACCGUCUUUGGUGAAGGGAGGAAGGAUAUAUACUAUUGCGGUAAUUUUCCCGAAUGUAUCGAUCCAUCCUUUGUACCACUAAUAGUUUACACACAAAUAAAAGAUAACGCCAGCUGCGUCAUUCCCAUACAAUACAAUCCACGCCUUCCAUAUGGCAUUACCAGUGAACUUUUCUGCGCUGGAACUGAUAGAUUUCUGGUACCUGGGGCUUGCGACCUGAAAAUAGGAAGCUCUUUAUCACACUUGGACAAAAUAACGAAGCGAACCUUUGCAACCGUGGAUGGUGAUGUAAUAACUUUCCUAAGCGACCUUUAUCCUCCAUUGGACGCUUUGGUGCAGCUUGGAAGAGACUGUGGAUAUGGCGAGCAUUUGGUAGCAACGAAAGUUCGUAGCCAUCUGGAUUGGAUGGAGCGGGUAUUGCUGCAGAAAAGCGGCACUGCGAACACACUUCAGUUUUUGGAUACUAGUCGUCGCGAAGGAGAUUCAUGUAUCGAUGAAAAUAACCAUCCAGGAAGGUGCACCCCAAUAUCAAGAUGUCAGCGAAAGUGGAAAAAAUUUGAGCUCACCAAAGAGACUACUUUCUGUUCAUCGACUUCAGUGAUUUGUUGCCCGCUCGACGAAAUCGAUAAAGACGCAUGGAGUAAUAAGCAUUCCGUUCUGUCCAAAUGUCCCAAACUUGUGUAUGCCUUACUUUCAGAGAACAAUUACGCACCCAUGGUUCGUGUACUUGAUAGUUCAAAUGGCUACAUUUGCAUGGGAGCCAUAAUCUCCGAUCGGACGAUUCUAACAUCAGCCAGUUGUGUGGGCAGCAUUCGGUCCCUUACCGUUCAACUACUACAAAAUUCUGAAGCUAUGUUUCGAGUUCAAGCCGUUAUACCACAUCGCUUCUACAACUCAACAAGCUACAGCAACGAUAUCGCUCUAUUGAGAUUAUCGCAAUCGCUGACUUGGAAUCCUCGGCUUCAUCCGAUUUGCCUAUGGAUGAACAAAACUCACUCUCCACUCAUAGUUGAAAUGUUACUUCCUUUUAACACAAGCGACCCCAGUAUCAAGUUCAUCGAAGUUCUAACGAUGUACAAUUCUGACUGCCAAAGAACCCACGAUCAUCGGGUGCUUGACUCGCACGUUUGCGUCAAAUACCCCUAUCGAAAGCACACAUGUGUUUCUUCACAAAAUAUGCUCCGGUGGGAAAAUAAGAAAGGAGUUCCCUAUAUAGUCGGACUGGCUACGGACAGCAGAGAGUGCAAGAGUUGGUAUUAUAUGGUAUACUCCAGAAUUGCAGCACUCGCAGAUUGGAUUGUCGACAAUAUAAGUGAUGAAGAAAUUAAACGAUCUUUCAGGACAGAAUAACAACUGCUGACCUAAUUCUCAAAUAUAAGAACCAUAAGAAAUACAUCUGUAUACAACUUCAUCUGGAAAUGUCAAUAAAAUU